GGCGACUCGACUUCCUCGUGGCGGCAAAAGGCGUAGCCUAACGCUGAAGCGGAGUACCAGACCCUGGGCGUUCUCUUCUCCUCUCUACUCUCUGCGUCCUACCGUAAUCUAGGGCAAAGGUUCCGAUUGUUUCCCUUUAAUAAUUCUCUAUUCUUCCCCUAGUUUCUUCCUUGAUUUCAAUGUUAAACCAAGAAUUUUUGCUCGAAAUCUCGAGAUAAACGAAAUUUUUGAUCUUUUCUGUAUUUCUUUGGCUUAUAUUGAAUCUAGAUCUGACAAGAAACUAUAAGAAGUAGUUUUUUCCUUCUCCUCGCCGGCGAUCUUGUGAUAGUUAUUAUAGUUUCGCAUUUAAUCUUCUGGAGUCAAGAAUUAUUACUAGGGUUUCAAGAACUGGAAGCGGGAUUAGGGUUUGCAGAAGGGAAAGAGCUAGGGUUUCGCACAAAUGAGCGAAAAAAAGAGAUCGCCGGAUCCGUUGGAAGAUGCGGAACCUUCGGAAAACCCCGCUUCCCUGCGUCCCUCUUUGGACGACAGCGGUGAGCGCUCCGAAUCCACCGCCGCCGGUGAAAAGGUUGCCGCCGAACCCUCAGAGGCUGCCGGACAUCAAGAAGACGCCGCCCGUCAAGUGGAUUCCGUUGUCAAUGCUGCUGUCGAAGAGAAAUCUGAUCCAUUAGAAGCCACUGCUGCAGAGAAGGCUGAAUCUUUGGAAGAAGCUGCUGCCGGAAAAGAACGAGUUAGGUCGGAAGUGCCAUCGAGAAAUGGCGAAGAUCAUGAUGAGAAGAAGGCUGAUUCCUCCAACGCAACCGAUGUCAGUGGUUUGGUUGUUGCCAUGGGUGUGCCCGUCUUGGACAAGAGUUCAUCAAGAAGUGGUGAAGAGCUCAAUGCUACCAGCACCGAUGUGGAGAAGGCUGAGUCCAUCGAGGUCACUAAUGGCGAUAUAUCAGUUGCUGCCAUGGCUGGACCUGGUAAGAAUCCAGACAAGAAGGCCGGUACUCUUCUUGCAGCGGCAAUGAAGAAGUAUGCUGCCCCGCGGUCAUCAAGCUAUCAUGGAGUUACUAGGCUGAAAUGGAGCGGGAAAUUUGAGGCGCAUCUGUGGGAUAACACAAGCCAAGUGGAAGGUCGGAAACGGAAAGGCAAACAUGUAUAUCUAGGCAGCUAUGAUUCAGAGGAAAAAGCAGCAAGAGCACAUGACCUUGCAGCUCUUAAAUACUGGGGUCCAAACCCGAAUACCAAACUAAAUUUCCCUGUCUCUGAUUAUGAGAAAGAGCUCGAGACAAUGAAGACCAUGUCCCAGGAAGAGUAUGUUGCCUAUGUACGGAGAAAAAGUAGUUGUUUCUCGAGGGGAGCAUCAAUUUACAGAGGAGUGACGAGACGGAAAGAUGGUAAGUGGCAAGCUCGAAUUGGCCGUGUUGGUGACAGCAGGGAUGCCAAAGAUAUAUACCUUGGAACCUUUGAUACCGAGGAAGAAGCUGCGGAGGCCUAUGACAUUGCAGCUAUUGAACUGCGUGGUGUGCAUGCUGUGACUAAUUUUGACAUCAGCAACUACUGUGAGGGAGGUCUUAAGCGUUUAGAAGGGCCCUGCAAACUUGAGACAUAAAGGCCAGCAGUUGGUUAAUGUAUAUUUUUCCCCUUCUAGGCGGCUGACUGUCUAAUGCCAUCCGGAUAUUUUCUAUGAUUUUCCAAAUUUGGGUAGCGUUUGUGCAUUGCUGUAAUCCGGAUGUAGCACUAAAGGUUUAAAGUAAAUGAAAGAACUCUCGUUGAUUUCGCUUUUCAGAUGAA